AUGGCAAUCCCUGCAUUUGCACUUCAACAAAUCAAGGAAUCGUGGAAUCGCGAGCCCGCCUGGGGAAGCCUUUAUAGACGGUUUGACGUCUGCUUUGGAAGCCUCGAUCAUCACGGCCCGAGGCUGCGAGUGCCGAAAUGCUACGAGUUCAACGCGGAUACACCCACGUCGCUGGUAGAAGCUGCGUCAAUCCAAUGGCUCUGGCUCGAACAGACAGGACAUGGAAACGAUCAACUCAACUCCAUCACCGAGAGACCUAUUGAGGUAUGGAAGAGGAAUCUGACACUGAUCGAGCAGAAGUUGGGGCAUCGCAUUACUGUGCAUUUCGCGGUUGGAAGUGGAGGGCCAACGGGUGAGGAUGCCACGAAUACCCCCAAGGUCAUCAUUUGGCCACAUAAGCUAUCUACCACUUCCCCCUUCAGGCCUAAAAGACCCAGCCAGCCGGGUACAGCUCGCUCCGCACCCUAA